AGAUCGCAAAGUAAACGUGAAUAUAGAUAUUUAAAAUGUUUCUAAAAUUCAGUUUAGCAUUAGCCGUUGAUUUGCUCUUCAUUGCAUCGUCGACUUCUCAGAAAUUUGAAAGCAGUCAGCAAUGGUGGAACCUGGCACGCACGGAGCUCGCUGCGGCCCUGAACGUGCGCGACAACUGGAACGUCGCGAGGAACGUCAUCCUCUUCCUGGGGGACGGCAUGGGCAUCACAGCCUCCACCGCCGCCAGGAUCUACAAGGGGCAGAAGAAGGGCAUGAACGGGGAGGAGGGAUAUCUCGUGUGGGAAAGGUUCCCCAACAAUGCAUUGAUUAAGACGUACAACGUGGACCGACAAGUUCCGGACAGCGCAGCCACGGCCACCGCUUUCCUGUGUGGGGUCAAAGUCAACUAUGAGACCAUAGGGCUUGACCCCGUCGUGCCCUUCGACGACUGCGAGGCGUCUAAAGAUGUUAGCACGCACCUCACGUCCGUGCUGCAAUGGGCGCAAGACGCUAACAAAGCCACUGGUAUCGUAACGAGCACACGCAUCACCCACGCGACCCCAGCGGCGACCUACUCCCGCGUGGCGAACAGGAGGUGGGAGUGUAACAGGAGUGAGGGCAUGGCGGGCCACGGGUGUCCAGACAUUGCAGAGCAGCUCGUCCAUCACAAUCCUGGCAAAAACAUCAAGGUUAUCCUUGGCGGUGGUCGACAGCCGCUGGGGGCUACCUUGGGUAUUCCUGACGAGUUCACGUGCAACAGAACAGACAACAAAGACCUCACGAGUGAAUGGAUGAAAUCUAAGCACGACGCUGGAUUUAAAGCUCGCUACAUCACCUCAGCGGCCGAGCUGCGCAGUCUAGAUCACUCAAGCCUAGACUACGUCAUGGGAUUGUUUGCGGACUCGCACCUUCCCUUCGUGGAGGAUCAAGCACCAGGGAGUAGCAACACCCCCAGUCUUGCAGAAAUGGCUAUCGCGGCCGUGCGUCAGCUUCAAAAGGAAGAUGCAGGCUUCUUCUUGCUCGUGGAGGGAGGCAGAAUUGACCACGCCUAUCACAACAACCUACCAAAGAAGGCUUUGGAGGAGACCAUAGCAUUCGACGAAGCCAUCACUGCAGUCCUCAAAGAAGUCGACCUCGACGAAACUCUGGUGGUGGUCACGGCUGAUCACUCGCACGUCCUCACCAUCAACGGCUACCCGAACCGUGGCAACGACAUCCUAGGUCUCGCUGACGUCUCUGACGUCGAUGGCUUGCCAUACACAACACUCAUGUUCACCAACGGCCCUGGAUUCAACAUCACUAGUAACGGGAAGAAUGUGACGCGAGCAGAUCCUCGCGAGUACCCCCUGCAGCACGGCGAGCACAUGAGCCAGACCGCCGUGCCGCUGAAGGCUUUCCAAGAGACCCACGGAGGGGAAGACGUCGCUCUCUACGCUGCAGGCCCCAUGUCCCAUCUCUUCCAUCGUCUGCACGAGCAAAACUAUAUUGCCCACGUGAUGGCAUAUGCAGCGUGCAUUGGGCCCAGCGCGGGGGAGAACUGCGGUCGGCCUUCCUUUGCUUCCAAACUAGACGACGAUGAUGCUUUCUCACUGCCUCAUUCUCCACUGAAGAGAUCAUCGGCAGGAUUCAAUGACUUGAGUUCUGUUGCUCCCGAGGUUUCAGCCGCAGCUGCUGCACAGGUUGCUUCUUCUGCAGGCAUCAGAAUGACGUCUGCAGCUGGGACUCCUCUAACUGGGCGUCCACUUUUUAAUGUUCCAAAAAAGCCAACUCACAGCCAGGCUUCCUCUGCCUCUUCGUCUCCAGCUAAAAUUGGUUCAAAAUCAAAGACUUCAUCGUCAUCAAGCGCCCAUAAGUUCCCCACCUUGUCUCCUACGCUGCAGUCGUUGCUGGAUCGCAGCCAGCAAAGUAUCAUCAACGCUCUUGGCCUGGAGAGAAUACAGCACACUCAGGCGUUCAGUUCAGUGCAGGACGUGUCAAACCUACUUGGCAAGCCCGCCUUUGAAGCUCCAUCUCACGACAUGUAGAGAUGAAUGCUUCUUGAACGCUGUAUGGGUUACGGAAUUGGUUAAUGUUCCAAGUGAUGCCCUGUAUUUUUUAGCGCAUUUUCUCAUUUAUGGAAAAAUUGCACUAUUGUGCU